AUAUAUUAUUACGAUUUCACUAUCUAGGUUAUACAGACAUGUCAGUCAGAUCAUUCCUUGCUACCAUCAAGACUCAAUUGGAAACCUCCAAGGGGCCACUCAGAUUUGUUACUGGUAACCAAUCUGCAGACUUGGAUUCUGUCAUUUCUGCCAUUUCUUACUCAUAUUUUUCAAACUUGAAGGAUAAGAAUGAAUAUAUCAUUCCCUUGAUAAAUAUUCCUAGAGAAGAUUUGAAAUUACGUCGUGAUAUUGUUCUGGUCUUAAGUGCUCACUCAAUUUCUGAAGAUUUGUUAUACUUUGUUGAAGACUUUGCCCGUCUUACCAAGAGUCAAACUAAAACUGAAUUAGUCCUUGUAGACCAUUGCAACCUUCAAGGAGAUAUUCUCACCGAUGCAUACCAACAAAAACGUCUUGAAGUGGUUGCAAUCAUUGAUCAUCAUGCCGAUGAAGGUAUCGCACUCGAUGCCAAGCCAAGAAUUGUUCAUUCCAACGGGUCAUGUUCCUCCUUGGUGUUCAACUAUUGGUAUGAUUGUAUUGGCGAGAAGACCGAAUUCUACAAAGAUAUCGAUGUAAUUCUGUUGCUCUUGGCUCCCUUACUCAUCGAUACCAGUAACAUGACUCAAAAGGUUGAAGAAGGUGACGAAGUAGCCUUUGCCAAAUACAAGGAAAUUUUAAACCUCCCAGGUAACAAAACACUCACUGAUCUUGAAUCUUCUGAAGGAGCUGUUACUACCAAAUUAGUUGCUACGGAAGAUAAUAUCUUUGAAAGAUUUUACACCAAAACUAAAUCUGAAAAGAAGAACGUUAAAGGAUUCUCGGUUUCUGACUUGUUAAGAAAGGAUUACAAACAAUUUGAGUUCCAAGCAAAGAAACUGGCUAUUAGAAUUGGAUUCAGUUCUCUUCUGAAAGCCAUGUCAUGGAUCUUGAGUACUUAUACACAUGAUGAAGUCGUUGCUGCUUGCAUUGACGUUUGCAAGAUCAACGAUUUGGAUGUCAUUGUAAUGACUCCAUCGUACACUAGAAAGGAUAACGAUGAAUACACCAGAGAAUUUGCAUACUCUUUUAAUAAGGACUCUAAGAAUGCCGAGUUUUUCCAUCAAUUGGCUGAAUUAACCAGUCCUGUUUUAGAAUUAAAUGAUAAUGUCUACAGUCUUGAUAAGGCUGAACUUUCCCAAAUUAAUAACAACAAGCACAACCAAGUUCUUGAAAUUUAUAACCAAGUAAAUAUCAGGGCUUCUAGAAAGCAAGUUGUUCCAGCUGUAAAGGACGUUGUUGAAGCUGCUGAUAUUUAGACAUAUAUAAUAGAGUAAUAAAUUAAUGUACUGUCGAUUUGUUUGGUAUAUUACCACUUUA